UCUCGCCAUUUUGGUCCCAUGUGACCGGCCGCCUUCGUGAUGCUGCGGGGGUGAUGAAGGUGACCGGAGAAGCUCAAAUCCGCUGAAAUGGCCUCGUUUCGUGCGGUGAGGAGGGCGCUGUGUACCGCGGCAGAGGCGGCCCCGGCCCCGGCUCCGGCCCCGGCCCCCGUGAGCCGCUGGGAGAGGUUGAAGCAGAGUAAAGCCGGAGUGUGGUGCCGCAGUCUGCUGUCCGACUACAAAGAGGCCUGUCGGGAGGCGGUGGUCGGGGCCAAAGAGCGCCCGCUCAAAGCCUCUGUGUACCUGGGCCUCCUGGGGGGAGCGUACGCCUGCUUCUCCACCAAACCCGACCAGUUGUCCUUCCAGGCCGCCCUGCUGGACCGCUCUAACCAGCUGGCCCUGCUCUCCCCCUGGAUCCGCAACGGCGCGUCCGACCUGCACGUCCAGAACCUGGUCAAGCUGAGGAACCAGGGCUGCCUGCGCCACCUGAGCCUGGGCCUGUUCUCCGUGGUGUACAGCGCCGACUUCGACCCCCAGAACGCGCUGUACGAGGCCGCCUGCCCCGACCUGUCCGUGCCCUGGAGGGAGCUGCCCGGCCGGGUGCUGGACGUGGGCUUCGUGGGGCGCUGGUGGGUCCUGGACAAGAAGAUGGAGGAUUUUGACGUGAACGAGGCGGAGUACAAGCAUCUGCCGGCGCACAUGCAGGCCACAGCGCCCCCCGGUGUGAAGGAGGUGGAGCUGAACGAGAAGCUGCACAAGGACUCCUGGCUCCCCGUCGGCGUCCACGAGGAGGAGGAGACGCAAGCCGAGAGGACAGGGGACACAGCAGAGGAGACAGACGCAGAGAGGACAGAAGAAAGACCAGAGGAGACAACAGCUGAGAGGACAGAGGACAAACCAGCGGAGACAGCAGCAGAGAGGACAGAAGAAAAACCAGAGGAGACAGCAGCAGAGAGGACAGAGGACAAACCAGCGGAGACAGCAGCAGAGAGGACAGAGGACAAACCAGCGGAGACAGCAGCAGAGAGGACAGAAGAAAGACCAGAGGAGACGGCAGCAGAGAAGACAGAGGACAGACCAGCGGAGACACAAGCGGAGACGCAAGCAGAGACCGAGGACCUGAAGAUGGACCACGUGGACACUGCUCACAUGGACACUGCGGACAUACCUGAGGAGACAGAGGUGGACACUCAAACUGCAGAGACACUGGACUUUAAGCAAGAAGAGGACACGAUAGAAUACACUCUUAUGGCAAAAGACGAGACACAUGUGGACAUUCAAACGGCAGAGACACUGGACUUUGUGGAGGAAGUAAAGGACCUGAUGGAGGACGGACUUGUAGCGGAGACGUUGGACACUAAAGAUGAGACACAGGCGCCGGAAGAAGUAGUAGAGACGAGAGGGGACGCGGCGGAGGACAUUCGUGUUGUAGAGAUGGUGGACACGCCAGAGGACAGCGUCGGUGAGGACGACGUGGAGCAGAAACAGCGGAACAGAGCGUGAAAAACUGAUUUAUUAAUGCCAUAUCAGCUGAAAAAGUCUAAACUGAAAUAACUCAAUAAAUGUGUUUACUCAA